UCCAGUGAGAAGUUCUCUGCAGCUGGCUGUUAGAAAUCCUAAUGUGAUGAAGCCGCUGAAGAACACCAGAGCUGAGGAGCAAGAUGGAGAGGAUGUUGAGAGAAGGAAGAGGAGGAGGAAGGCAACCAAACGGAAAAGAGAAGGGAAAAGUCAAGAGGAGGAGGGACCCUUGUCUUGUGACAUCAAGCUGGAUGAUACCCUUGAUCGCACCUUAGAAGAUGGGGCUAAACAACAUAACCUGACAGUUGUCAACGUGCGAAACAUCCUGCAUGAGGUGAUCACAAAUGAGCAUGUCGUUGCCAUGAUGAAAGCAGCCAUCAGUGAGACAGAAGAUAUACCUUUGUUUGAGCCCAAAAUGACUCGUUCCAAACUGAAGGAAGUUGUGGAGAAAGGAGUGGUGAUUCCAACAUGGAAUAUUUCUCCAAUUAAGAAGGCAAAUGAGGUGAAGCCUCCUCAGUUUGUGGACAUUCCUCUUGAGGAAGAUGAUUCAUCUGAUGAAGAAUACCAGCCUGAUGAUGAGGAUGAGGAUGAGACUGCAGAAGAGAGCUUACUGGAAAGUGAUGUAGAGAGCACUGCUUCUUCUCCUCGGGGAGCAAAACGAUCUAGGACAAGGCGAUCAUCUGAUGAAGAGGGAGGGACACUCUGCGAGAUGGAGAAGGUUACUACACCUGUUGUUAGACAUAUUAGUGCUGAAGUAGUUCCCAUGGGACCUCCACCACCUCCUAAACCAAAGCAAAACAAAGACAGCACGUUCAUGGAGAAGCUGCAUGCAGUGGAUGAAGAAUUGGCUUCAAGCCCAGUAUGCAUGGAUUCUUACCAGUCCCUGGAAGACAGCCUCAUUGCCUUCCGAACCCGAUCUAAGAGACCACUGAAGGAUGUUCCUCUGGGUCAGCUGGAGGCUGAGCUCCGAGCCCCGGAUAUCACACCUGAUAUGUAUGAUCCCAAUACUGCAGAUGAUGAAGAAUGGAAAAGGUGGCUUGGGGGACUCAUGAACGACGAUGUAGAGAAUGAAGAUGAAGCAGAUGAUGAUGAUGACCCUGAGUACAACUUCCUGGAAGAUCUGGAUGAACCAGAUACAGAAGACUUCAGAAAUGAUCGUGCUGUGAGAAUUACCAAAAAGGAAGUGAAUGAACUGAUGGAGGAGCUGUUUGAAACAUUUCAGGAUGAGAUGGGUUUCUCGAACAUGGAAGAUGAAGGUCCAGAAGAUGAAGAUAACGUUACGGAAUCACGGCCAAAUUUUAAUACACCACAAGCACUUAGAUUUGAAGAGCCUCUGGCCAAUUUACUGAAUGAACAACACCGGACGGUGAAGGAACAACUUGAGCAAUUGAGAAUGAAAAAGUCCUCGAUCAAACCACCACAAGAGAUAGAAAAAUCAAAACCUCAAAAUGAGAAGCCUCUCCAGAGCCUUGUUCUGGACAGUAUGCAAAGAAAGAGGCUCCAGCAGCAAAUGCAGCAGCAUGUUCAGCUUCUGACUCAAAUCCAUCUUCUUGCAAGUUCCAACCCUGCUUUAAGUUCGGAGGCUAGUACUACCAGGAUGUUUUUGAGCGAGCUUGGUAACUUUGCCCGAAGCUCUACGCUCCUUCGUCAGUCGUUCAAUCCUAAGUUUCAAACGAUGUUCCAGCCAUGUAACUUGAAGGGAGCACUGCAGCUCAUCGAAGAUUUUCAUGCCCAAGUCCAAGUUGACUGGAGCCCUCGCAAAGCUGUGAAGAAGAGUGCCAGUGAAUUUCCAUGUUUGCCAAAGCAAGUGGCAUGGAUUUUGGCAACAAGGAGAGUCUUCAUGUAUCCAGAGUUACUGCCAAUAUGUUCCUUGAAAGCAAACCCUCCCCGGGACAAGAUUAUCUUUACCAAGGCAGAGGACAACAAGUAUCUGUUGCCAACGAAAACUGCCCACCAGCUUACAGUACGAAUCAAGAAUCUCAAUAUGAAUCGAGCCCCUGAUAAUAUCAUCAGAUACUAUAAAAAGACAAAACAGUUGCCCAUUCUGUUCAAGUGCUGUGAGGAAAUCCAGCCUAACGAGUGGAAGCCACCUGUGGAGAGAGAAGAACAUCGUCUGCCAUUUUGGCUAAAGGCAAGCUUGCCCUCCAUUCAGGGGGAAUUGAAGCAGUUAGCAGAAGAUGCCAGGGAGAUGCCAGGUUCACCUGAUGCAGAAUCUGUCUUUUUGGGGACAGGAAAGGAAACUUCAGACACAGAAUAUGAUGAAAAAUACCCUCUACUCAUGCCAAAGGGACUAGUCCUGACCUUAAAGCCCCUUGCCAAUCGAUUCUCUAGGAGAGCAUGGAGGAGGCAGAGGUCUUCAGCUCUGAAGCCUGUCCUCAUUCGACCGAGUCCUUGUCUGCAGCCCAGUUCCAACACUAUUAACAUCCAGAAAACUGUGAAGUUGUCCCAGUCAGAAGCUCCUCCCAGCAAAGUUAUGGUUCAGAUUCCUCGGCUGAUCCAGCCAGCUACAGUUGUGCAGACGGUGCCGGGAGUGCAGCCUUUGAAUGUUCCAGCAGUGGUAGGAAGUGCGGAUGGCUUGGAAUUUCAGAACGUGCUCUCCACUUCACAUUCGGACUCCAGGCAAGCUUUCUCAGCUGCUGUGCCACCAGCUCUAGUGUCCUCAAAUCCAGUCACUUUUCAGCCAAAACUGAUGUUGCCAGCUUUGGCUGGAGCAAAAAUACGCAAACCUUGUGUUCGUAAGGGAUACCAAAAGAAAAAAGGGACAAAAUCUGCCCCACUGAUAAAGACUUCACCUUUGAUUCAGCCAUCUCCCGUCAUCCUUACUGUACCUGCUACCACAGUGAAAGUGGUUAAUAUAGGCAAUGGUUGCAAUAUGAUUCAGCCUAUAAAUACAACAGUUGGUAGAGGCACUCAGGCUAUUCCAGUUACAACCUUAUUGGUAAAUCCAUCCACUUUCCCAUGUCCCUUAAAUCAACCUCUAGUGACUUCUUCAAUCCCUUCGUUGAUAGUCUCUCCUAACCCUGUUGGUCUUUCUGCAUCAUCUGUUGGUGAAAAUGAAGAACAGCUGAAUCUGAUUCCUUCCUGCCCUGCUGGAAACAACAAAAGUACCUAUCCCACAGUGGAGCCCAAGGUUGAACCCCCAGAGCUGUACGUUUCAUGCUCUGCUGUCUCCCCCAAAGAGGAGUGUAAUACAAAUCCUGCCACUUCAAAUAAUGGCAGUCAGGAAAAGGUAAAUAAGAGUGACUGUGGUAGCUGGACAGUGGUAGAAGGAGACGAGAACGCUUCGGAGCCAUUGUCUGUGGACCUUUUGCCUCAUUUAGAAGAUCCAGAUGAAACGGUGAAAAUCGAGCCUGAAGAUUCAAAUGAUGCUACCAAGGAAGUAAAUCCAGUGCAGAAGAGGGAUCUUUUAUGUGCUGAAGUGAAGGAGGAAUUCAUGCUGGAUCUUGGCCAGGAGCUGAACAUGGAGACUGCAUGUUCAUGUUCAAAUGACCUGAAAGAAGUUAAAAAGGAGCACACUUCAUGUGAUGAGAAGGGAGAAGAAGAACGACGGGCUUUGCAGUCAUCUCCCCAUGGUGAACAGCAGAUGGAUGCAGGUGUUGCUGCCGCACCACAAGUAAGCAGUGAGUCCCCAAAGACUCUUUCGUAUACAGCAGAUGUUGAGGCAGAAUUUAGUAGUCCAUUAGGAAGACCAGAGGAUUCAUCCAGUAUAGAUGGCCAGUCUGUUGGGACACCAGCUGGCCCUGAAGCUGGAGGAGAGAGAGAAGGACAGGAAGAGGAGGAAGAAGACGACUUUGAUGAUUUUACACAAGAUGAGGAUGAAGAAAUGUCAUCAGCCUCAGAAGAAUCUAUUCUUUCAGUGCCAGAACUUCAGGAGACAAUGGAAAAACUUACUUGGCUUGCAACAGAGAGACGUUUAAGCCAAGAAGGAGAUUCUGAAGAAGAGAAUUCCCAGGAAGAGAACUCUGAGCCUGAGGAAGAGGAGGAGGAGGAAGGGGAAGGAAUAGAGAGUUUACAGAAAGAUGAUGAAAUAUGUGGAGAUAUAUCAGAGGAACCUAAAUCUGCCUUCACAUUGACAAAGACGGCCCCGCAGGUGGAAGCCCACAGAAUGCCAGCAGGAGAAAACAUGAAAGCCCCUGGGAAGAGCAGGAGCUCACACAGAACCAGAAAUAAGAGGGGACGGGCUCGUGCUAGCAAAGAUACAUCUAAGCUGCUCCUCUUGUAUGAUGAAGACAUCCUGGAGAGAGAUCCCCUGCGGGAACAGAAAGAUCUGGCAUUUGCACAAGCCUAUCUAACCAGGGUGCGUGAAGCCUUGCAGCAUGUUCCUGGAAAGUAUGAAGACUUUCUUCGCGUUAUCUAUGAGUUUGAGAUUAGCACGGACAAGCGAACAGCUGUGGAUCUCUAUUCCACUUUACAGAAACUGUUGCAUGACUGGCCACAGUUGCUCACAGAUUUUGCUGCCUUUCUUUUACCAGAACAAGCCUUGGAGUGUGGACUGUUUGAAGAGCAGCAAGCAUUUGAGAAAAGCCGGAAGUUCCUCAGGCAGCUGGAGAUUUGUUUUGCUGAAAAUCCUGCCCACCAUCAAAAGAUCAUCAAAGUUCUGCAGAGUUGUGCAGACUGCCUCCCCCAGGAGAUUGCAGAGCUGAAGACCCAAAUGUGGCAGUUGUUGAAAGGACAUGACCACUUGCAGGAUGAGUUCUCCAUUUUCUUUGAUCACUUACGGCCCUCAGCCAGCCGCAUGGGAGAUUUUGAGGAGAUCAACUGGACAGAAGAGAAGGAGUAUGAGUUUGAUGGGUUUGAAGAGGUGUCUUUGCCAGAUGUAGAAGAAGAGGAUGAACCACCCAAGAUGCAUGCAGCCUCAAAAAAUAAGAAGCGGAAAGAGAUCGGAGGCCAGAACAAUGACAAGGAGGUCGAGUGGGUAGAUGGGAUGAAGGAAUGUUCAUGUUCCUGCCAUGAAGGGAGUAGCGAUCUCAAGCUAAAGAAAAGCAAAAGGAGGACCUGCAGCCAUUGUAGUAGUAAGGUGUGUGAAAACAAAUUUUAUAAAAAUAAAGAUUCUGAAGGGCUGACUGCAAGCCUUGUUCAACAAGAAUCAAGUCCUCGGCCUGAAGGAAAGGAUUCUGGAAUGUCUAAGGAACCUGCAGAAGAAAGCCUGGAGAACAAAGAUGAGGGAGAGGAUGUCCAGAGCAGAACAAAAACCGUAUCUAGGAAAGCGGACUCUCUUGCUUCAGGAUCUCACCUGGAAGGAAAGAUUGUCUCCAGCAGACAUGCAUCUUCUGAAAAAGCUGCACUGCCUGAUAAUCAGGUUCAAGAUGCGGGUGUCAGUGCUGCUGUGAAUACUGCAAAGGACAGUGACUCUUCUAUCACUGGCCCCAGAUGGACACAUCUACAAAAAGCUGCUCUAAAACUACCUCAAGAAACCAAAGACUGCCCUUGCACUGUGGGAAGUGAGAGUGAGGAACUAAACCAGCAACGUCAAGGAAAUGCAGAUGCUUCCCUUGGGCUGAGCAGAGACCUGCUGCUGUCUUCUCAUUCUGCUACAGUAAAAGGUUUAACGGGACCUAGUUCCCCUUCUGGAAAGAGUUUAUGUCAGACUGGAGGGCUUCAUUCUGAUUCAUCAGAUAAGCUCACUGUCUUUGGUCAUGCUUCAAAAUUAGGUGUGAAAGAAUCUGAGGGACCACCUUUGCCUCUGGAAGGAACACCUGAAGCAAAGCAGGGUUGGAUAACACCAGGGAGAAAACCAACUCUGAGUAAGAGCUGCAGCGCACAGUCCCCUGAUAAUCGCAUUUUGGAAGCAGAUGAUACGGGCUGCACUGGAAACUUUCCUGAGAGCAGAUUGAAGUCAAAUGCAAACAACUGCUUCCAGAUGCAUCAGCAUUCUGAGCAGCUAGAAUAUAGAGUGGUUACGGCCUCCCUGGGGCAAAAGGAAGAGGAGCAGCAACAGCAGCGAGUCACAGAAGCAACUGUGUGUGCCAAGAACAGCAAAGUCAGCUCGACUGGGGAGAAGGUUGUCCUCUGGACCAGGGAGGCUGACAGAGUCAUCCUUACCACCUGUCAGGAGAAAGGAGCCCAUCUGGAAACCUUCCACGCCAUCUCGCAGAAACUGGGCAACAAGACUGCUAGUGAGGUAUCCCACAGGUUCAGAGAACUGAUGAAGCUCUUUCAUACAUCCUGCGACGGGAGCUCUGAAGAUGAGGAGGAUGCAACUAGUACCAGUAACACAGACCAGUUGUCAGAUAAAGAUCUUCUGCUUUCUGAGGAAGAACCUGAUGACUAAGUUUUUUUUUUUCUGGCUUGAUAAGCUAUUGACUGAAUCAGGAGAGUUGUUUGCCAGUUUGCUGCUAGACAGGUGCUGUGGAUAAAGGAAAAAUAUUUGCACAGGUACUUAAGAUAGCACCUUUUUUUUUUUCACUUUCCUGCUACACUUCUGACAAGCUGCACUUCUCAAAUUGUACCAAACUGAAGGAAUGAAGAAAGUUGUUAGGGUGAUAACAUCCUCUAGAACCUACAUGGGGAGCUUCAGCAGUGAAACGACAGAAGUGAUGCUUGUGGACACUGACCUCAGUCUGUGGUGAAGGUUGGGCCACCAGCCUUUGAAAAGAAGAUGUAAAUAUUGUAUCAUAAGAUGUCUGUUUUCAUGUGGAACACACACGAUUUUUUUUGUAAGAUUUCUCCUUGUGUUGAUUGUACAUGGGAAAGUUACAAUCUGAAUUC